GCGAGGCGCGGCCGCCCACCCCCGGGGGAAGCUGCCAUCGGGGCUGAGCACCCUGCCCAGCGCUCCGCUCCCUCAGCCUCGGCGGGCCGGGGCCGGCGGAAGGGCCACUGCCCCCUCACCCCAACGCGGUCACAGCCGCGAAGCGGCGCGGGGCACCCGCGGCCGCCUCCCCGAGAGAGAGCCGCCGACCAUGGCGGCCCGCCGGCUGUGGCUGUGGCUAGCCUGGCUGCUGAGCCUGCCUGCGGCCAGCGCGCUGCCCCUGGCUCCCGGCCCGCGGGACGAGGUCCUGGCGGCGGCGUUGCAGCGGCUGCGGGAGGUCUUCGACAUCGAGGAGCUGCCGCCCGACGUCCUGCCCCGCAAGAAGCCGCCGCAGUUCAUGGUGGAUCUCUUCAACAAGGUGGCCGACGCCAACGGCAUCACCCGCGCUCCGGGGCUGCUGGAGGGCGACGUGGUGCGCAGCUUUGAGGACCGAGUUCACGUGGACCAGUACCACUUCUACUUCGACAUCAGCGCGAUGGAGAAGGGCGAGCAGAUGCUGAAAGCCGAGUUCAGGGUCUUCAAGCUGAAGAGGACACAUGUAUCUAGAAGGUCUGACGUGAAACACUUUUGCAAAGUGGAAGUGUAUGAGCUCUUGGAGAGUGGAAGUAAACCACAAAAAAAACAUCUCGUUGCAUCAAGAUUGUUGUCCCUGUACACAGAAGGCUGGGAAGUAUUCAAUGUCACGCAAACAGUUUCCAAGUGGGUUGGAGACAGCAGAUCCAACCAUGGCUUUUUGAUAACUACAACACAUGUAUUCAACAAUAGAGUUGAGCACAACCUGGUUAAGUUUGCUAAGAGCCAGGGCACUUUGCAGGAGAGUAGAAAUGCUCUCCUUGUCCUCUUCACCAACAGUAACAAACGGAAAUCUUCCAGCUUUGUAACCUCUCCCACAAAACCAGAAAUGGACCCUGCCAAAAAUGAUGCUUCAGGUGUGCCUCGUGAAACCCCGAUCAUUGAAAGCAGCAAUGCAGGCAUGAGCAGAAGACCUCGAGCUGCUGCAGUCCCCCCUGCCAAAAGCCAGGUAAUAGCAUGUCAUCGAAGGGAACUCUACGUUGACUUCCGUGCUAUUGGCUGGUCAGGAUGGAUUAUUUACCCAAGUGGAUACAAUGCAUUUUAUUGCAGAGGAUCCUGUUUCUUCCCUUUGGGGGAAAGUCUAAAUGCAACAAACCAUGCUGCAGUUCAGUCCAUAGUCCACACACUUAAACUGUCUCAGGAUGUCAGCACACCCUGCUGUGUGCCAGAUGAAUUGAAGUCCCUCAAUCUUCUUUAUUUUGAUGACAAAGAGAAUGUGGUCCUUAAAAAUUAUAAAGACAUGGUGGCAACUAGGUGUGGUUGUCAUUAGUAAGACCCUUUUUUGUCUGGAUUUGGUAUGCACCUGGAUUUACUUCCUUGUUUGCCACUGAAGAUACCAAGGGAGACGUCAUUUCUGUUUACAGUGCAGGAGAGCCAGAAACUCAGCUGUGCUUCAGAGCCUUAUCCCCUCACCAUGGCCAUGUGGAAAGGUGUUUAAGUUUGGCUUUUGAAGAACCGUGGGAUUCUGGAGGGUAUGCUGACCUGCAUGGAAAGCUCU